AUGCAUUUGCUGGAUGGCGAGAGCUCAAAGAAAAAGAAGGCUGUAAAUUGGACGCAGACUUGGCGAUCUUGUUGCUGGACUUUUAUAAUCGUUGGCAAACGUCAACACCGAGCAAAGCGCAAACAAGGCCACCGACUCUACCCGUCUCAAGCAUUACAGAGGAAUCUGAUCAGGAUAAAUGCGAAGCCAAUCAAGAUCUUGGUGUUGAACCUUUGCCUGAUGAGAGUGAAGUGGUGGCACUGGAAACAAGCAUGCACUCCAUGA